UGUUGAAUUAUUCAUUAUGUUUGACUUUCUCUGAUAGGAUAGACUAAAUGAAAAAUGUAGCCUAGGCUACAGUAUCUAAGAAAAUGUAUGUAAAUUGUCGGACGUUCGUGGCUAUGCGCAUGCCCAGUAGGAUAGCAUCAAGCUCCGCUGCAACAGGUGUGAUUUAAAUGGGAAGUGAGGCAGGGAAAGCUAGCCUGACAGGCUCUACAUAACAUUUUCAAUUAACGAGAACGUUAGAAACCAGAGUUGUUUGUAAGAAUAAUUUGUGUAAACAAAUUCUGCAUUUGCAUCGAAAUUGAAUGGAGCGAUUUUCGCCUACUAGCCAGCGUCUGAAUUUGACAUUUGUGUUAUUUAUUUAUCAUCCGACAAAUAGUUAUAGCCCGUGCAUGGUAUUUCCCGUUGCCUAAGUUAAACUUACGUUUAUUUUAUUAGUGGGAAGAGACAAUUUUGGUUUACAUUUUUUUCUUUCAAAGUUAGCUUUUGAACAGAUUUGAGGUUUAUCAAACUCUAAUAACGCAUUGGCAGACAAAAAGUAAAGAAAAAACGGUGCAAAUAAAAUAUUUUUCGUGUUCGCUGAUAAAAUAGCUCUGAAAUGCGACCAUGCUCCCAUCUACCGGGAGGAUCAAAUUAAAUCGAAGCGUGCUGAAAGUUGAAGGCAAUAAUGGACUGCCAAGCGUGCCCAGACGGAGACGGCCAUUCAAAGUGUUGUACUCGCCAACCGGCGAUACACAUGGCGAUCCUAACAGCAUCAGGAAAACUCUGGAAUGCUCUUCACAAAACGAGGAAAACAGUGAAUUGAAAACGAAGGAUGAUUUUGUUUUGGGGUACACUGAAUCCACAGUUUUGAAAUCCGAAAAUCAUAAUUUCCCCCCAUACUUGGGGACAGAAAAGGGGCACCUUGCGAGUGAGACAGCUGUCGGAAAAACAACUGCGGUGCCAGCAGACAGUGGGGAACAGAGGUCAACACCAUUGACUGAAUGUGAAGAUAUUGAUAGGAGUCCCAUUGUUACACGCCAUCGCCCCAAACCCCCUCUCAGCUCGCCAUCCUGUCCACAGCGGUCAGUCAGGAGAGUGGUUAAAACCUUGUGCUGCGCCCUGUGUGGAGAAAUUAAAUACACGCCCCCUAAGAGAAGGAAGCUGACCAGGGUUGAGCCAGUUGGAGUGACAGGCAGAGGCAGGGCCAUCGUCCUCAGCAGAGUAGUAGGGCUUGAGCAGCCUACGGUCAGGGUUAAAACCAGGAAGAAUUUCACCUCCACCAUUAAGGCCCCCAAGAAGCUGGUGAUCUGGAUAGGGAGGUACCCCAAGGUCAAGCUCUGCGAUGUAGCUCAAAUAUGUGACGUCUCGGUUGGGGGCUUUUCCUGCCUGCUGCCGGCCCAACUCCUGACUUCCAAAGUAGUGCGUUGUUUCAAGUGGGACUAUCGGAGCAAAGUUGGUCUGUUAGGGCCUAGUUGUUGCAGCAGAGGGAGCCAUGGGAGUGAGACGACCUGGGAGCGCAUUAGUAGAAAGAAGUUGCGUCACUGUUCUCAGUGUGGGAAGAAUGGUCAGCUUUUGACGCAGACUGAAAUUCACCAGUGCAUGCACACGGGGGCGCACAGAUUGACUGAGUCAAAUCGUUCUGCAUCUCUCGCUGCCUCGGAUCGCGGGAUGUCUGAAGCCUCCACCAAUGGUUUUGCUUGUCUCUCACUAGGUAAGCAGCAGGUGAGCAGGGGGUCAAGCGGGGCUGGAACGCAUGACAGAGGCAUUCUUGAAGACUCUGGAACAGGAAGUGAUGACGUAGAAACAGGAAAGCCAGUCGCUAAGCGGAUGAGAUUGGGUUAUGUCCACGGAGACCUAAUGGAGCAAAAACAUUCUAGUCCAAGUGAACCAGAACUGGAUCCUGGGAUAGCUAUCGCUUCCCUUGAAGACAGUGGGACGAUGUCUGAGAUGCCAUGUGAAGUCCCGCCGCAUUUACACACAAGUCAUGUCAGUCGUAGUCAUAGCAACGCUACAGAUGCUCCUGUGAGAUCACACCACUUUAUGACACAGGAUGGAGGCUGGAGGGCAGGGCCCGGGGGAGGUGACAGGUCACUGGAGUCCACUGCCAACGGGACGCUGUCUCCCUGGUCCAUGGAGAACGGCGUGGGAGUAGACCCCCCCUCUGACAGCGACACUGAGGACCAAGACCUGUUCUCCUGUCGUAGAGUGGUGGCCUACAUCAAGAGGCUGCACCUGUCCUGUGCACGCACCUACCUCUCCUGGCCCUUCCCCAAACCUGAUUCUGCACAGUCACUCUCUGUGACAUCAGUCCUCAAUGCAAAUGGACCACUGACACCCCCAGCGGAUUCUGUGUCAUCAGCUGUGGGCUGUGUUAAUGGAGCCUUGGUGAACGGUUAUGGAGACUCACUGGUGAGGGCUGAGAGAACCAGAGUUCUCACCUCUCACUGUACACUCACUGAAUACACUCCACAGACAAGCUACCAGGUUUAUGCUCAUAGGAAUGGGAUGAAGGGAGAGGGAAACAUGAUGGAAGAGAAAGACAUGAGCAAUGGAAGAGAAGGAGGAGGAGAAGAGGAUGAGAGCGUGACCCAGUGUUCACUCUCUCCUGACACUUCAAGCAAGGUGUACCCAUCCCAUCCUCUCUGUCACAAGAAACCACAGUCCCAACUCAGAACUAGGGGUCUCCAUCGCAACAAAGCUUCCAUAUCCCCUCCACCUAAAGCUCCCACUAUCUCCGCCCUCCUCACCCCACCCAAAAACCACAGUGAAACUGAUCCAAUUCUUUCAGUUUCCUCCAACCUUUCUCAGACUGACACAUACACUGUUUCUUGCCUCUCUCCACCCAAAACUGACUCUGUCUCAACCUUCCCUCCAGCUAAAGUCAGUGGCGGCGGUGAGACAGCCUCCACCCCCCCUCCUAUAGGCGUCGGUAGUGACAUAGCCACUGCCACCUUUCUGCUGUUCUCAUCUGCAUCCCAAAACAUAGAGACAUCCCCACCACCCUCCUCUCCUACUCCCUCCUCCUUUCUUACUCCCUCCUCCCCUCGGAGGAAGGAUGAAGGUGGGGCUAUGUUCAAUGCACCAUCCUCCCCAUCAGCUGUGGACAGUAAGACCGACACGUCUCACUCAAACUCAUUUCACUCAGCAGAGUCAUCCUCUCUUCCACCAGAUUUCUCCUGUCUUUCAGCUGAAUCCUCCUUUCUCUCAUCCAGCUCCUCACUUCUGCCUCAAGAAAAAAGAAAGGCAGAGGGAGUGGAGAUGCAGAGCAGAGAGGGAGAUGAAAUGAAAGGAGAGGCGGCUGCGAGUGGAGAACUGAAGGUUUUGGUUUUACCAGGCAGUGAGUCCUCCAGUCCAGAGAAGCAGGAGCACCAACGUCCAGAGCAGAAGAGCACACAGGGGGGCUCGUCGCUUGGCAAGCCCAAAGAGGGAGAGGCUGUGGUGGCCACGAUCAGUAACCUCGCCCCUGGGAUUCUUGGAGGUCAAACACCAAUGCUGUGCAUAACACGCCUGAUGCUGCAGACACAGAGCUACUCAGAAGAGGAUGAUGACUUUGUAGUCCAGAAAGAGAAGUUGUCCAGUGCAGUAGGUGUUGGAACACAGGCCCAGGCAUCCUCCACUGAUGAAGAUGAUGGUACAUGUGGUGAAGAGGGGACACUAGAGCCUGUUAGAACCCAGCCCUGUACUGAUGAAGAUGAUGUCGAUCAUCAUAAUCAGUCCACCUCCUGUACUAAGGUCACGUCUGAGAACCAGGAAGCCGGCACUCCUUCCUUUUCCGGGUCACACACUCAACACCAGGAAGUAGAAGUUAGGGCAGGGUCAAAAGUCAAGCUGGCUAGUGACCCCAAAGCUCACCUCUUGGAUGAGUUCACAGCCUACAAGCAGGACAUCCUGCUUGUAGAUGUUCUCCUGGAUGACCCAGAGCUGUUUGGGAGCUUGCCUCAGGACCUUGAACCCAUGCUCGGGUCAACCAAGGGACGAAGGGCCCCUAGAGCCAGGACCACCAUUGGGGCAGGGAGAGCCCUACUACUCACAGGUGCAGGUCCCUCAUGGGCCACUGAGAAAAGCUCCACCACGGGUACAGAUGGGCCUCCUGGUUUUAAGACUGACCAGAGAAGAAUUAUCCACUUUAAAGAUGAGGAGAGUGCAGGACGAUCUUGGAGACCUGUAGCCAGUUCCAACCCUAAGCCUGCCCUGGUCCACAGCAACAGCUGGCCCCCUACUGUCCACGCAUUACAUCCAGACCAGGGUGGAACUGACUACAACUACAGUCCUAUGAAGGCAGAGAUCUCUGAGAGGGCCCAGGCCUUCCAGUCUCUGAACUCAUUUAAGAGCACACUGCCUUAUCUGAUGACUGGAGACUCCUGGUGCAACGGACAUACAACCUCAUGUAAAGACCCAGCGGCAGCAGACACCGGCCCUCAAAGACAAUUUGACAGUUAUUGCAAGUACUAUUUCAGCAUGUCGGACUGUUUCCAUAAGACCUGUUGGUUCCUCCAUGUGCCCAAGAGAGGAGACGAGAAGUUCUGUGUAGAGACGGUGCUGAGGUUUGUCAGGUCUUCCAACCCUGUCUGUCUGCAGAGGGCAGUGUCAGUGUUUACGUCGUACUACCAGUUCAGUCCUCCAGGUGUCUACCACACCCCUCUGGUCCUGAAUUCUCUCCUGGCCGCUCUGCUCAAAGCUGGCUUUCUGUCUGACAUCAUCACGGUGCUGCACGUCAGCACCGCCCACAACAUACUGCCCAGUCCAGCGUUUCUCCUGGCUCUGUUCGACUAUGUGGGAGAGAGAGACCAAUCCAUCUUACCUGAACUCAUUCAACUCACCUCUAAGAUGGUGGAUGCAGGCUUGGGGUUAAAUGUCGACCAAUGUGAGCGUGUCCUACACAUGUUCCUUCAGUCGCCACAAUACCACCCAGCAGACUCACCUGAGAAUUACACAACUAAACCUGGCAACCACAGGUCGAUGAACACCGAAGCUCCCACUCCUGAAGCGCUGAGUCUGGCCCAUGCUCUCGUGGAGUUGUGUUCCCAGCAGGAGGACUGGGGGAGGUUGGGUGUAGUCUUCCGCUCCAUAUGCCACUCCCACAGAAGCCUUGUCGACUUACAGCACUUCAGCGGCUGCAUUGCCAUAGCACUGCUCGAGGGGGACAAAGACAGACUAGCCCUGCCCUUCGCCUCCUUCACUGAGACAGUGUACCAGGAGACAGAGGACUGGGAUGAUGGUCUGAUCAAGAGCUUCCUGGGGAGAAUAGGAGUCUCUCUGAUGUUCAGAUACCACAAGACACAACAAUGGGCCAAGGGCCGGAGGCUGGUGGAUGUGUUAUCCAGGUUAAAGGUAAACUACUCCACUCUGAAGGGACUGUUCGGUAACGAGGAUGGAGCUUCUCGCUGUCACCUAAUCACAAUAGCUACAGAACUUUUCCUUAGGAGCAACAGUGUUGAGGGGGCACUCAAUACACUCCGAGAUAACGAGUGGUUCCUGAGUUCGUGUGUGUGGCCGUGUUCGGUGGAGGACGUAGCGGAGAGAACAACUGUUCUGGUACGACUGGCUGAGAUAACAUCCCACAGAGACACACUGGAGGUCCUCACUAACCUGCCUGGUCUUAAGGAACCUGCAGACCUAGCAGACAUCUCCAUAUACGGCUGUCUGUUCAACAGUCACCUCAAGUCAUGUGUCGACAGACAAACUGUGACUGUGGCCUCAGACACGCUGGGUUUCAUGUUGUCUAAGAGCCUGGCUGUGGACCCUCCUCUGCUGCACACUCUGCUGCACAAACUGGGCAAGCAAAACAUCUGGCUACGGGCUAGAGCUCUCUUCAAACAGGCCCUGUGUCUAGGCUAUUAUCCUGGUGUGAAGUCCGUGCCAGGCUCUCUAGCACUGACCGUUCCCUGUUCCCUGGGGGAGAUGGAGAUAGCUCUGGCCUUUGAGAUGGUCCUCACCAUCAAUGCUACAACCAUCCUCAACACAACAGGCACACCACAGUCCGUCAUCAUCACACUCAAGAGAACAGGGGACCGUGAGAGUGAGUACUUGGCGGCAGGCAGUCGCCUCCUCUCGGCAGCGAUCGUCCCCAACCCUAAACUGACCGUCCACUAUACAGCGGUCAACUCCUGUCAGGAACAACUGUUCGUGGUCGACACACACACUGCGCGCCGCUGGCUCCGACACAACCACACCUGGGCCAAAGAGGUCUGGACACAUUCCUAAAAAUAAAAGUGUUCCAGGAAUACUGACCUACGUUCCCAUCCUGGGAAUACCGACCAAUGUUCUUUCUGGGAAUACCAGGAAGGUUUGGAACAGGACAAGGUUGUACUGAACACUUCCAUGGCCGUGUGUGUGACACUCUUCGAAGUUUAACCUGCCUAGUCUAGUCUGUCUAGACUUUACAGGCUGAUCUGAUCAAGGGAUUUAUAUCAAGAAAAGACUAUCAGAACUGCAUAUAAUUGUUUGAGUUUUUUACAAAACUUAAUUGUAUGUUGAGUUUUUCAUUGUAAGUCGUUUUAAUUUAAAGGAAAUGUUGAAUGGAGGCGAAAGUACGAAGAACUUUCCAAGUUUGUUUGGCUUUGACUAGAUUUUGUUUGAAAAAUGUGGUUUAUUUGAAAGUUCUCUAAUUUUAGCUUGAUUGUCUUUAAACACUUUUUGUUGCACAUUUCUGAGGCACUUGAACAAUUGUGAAGCUAGAUUUUACUGUUUUGUAAGAAAUGUAAAAAAGAUUAAAGAAUGUCUGUAUUGAACUGGGUACCAUUCAUACUUGACUACAAGGUUUGUUUCAGAAAAUGUUUAUUUUCCUUAGCAUUUGUUUCUAGGCAGAUUUAAAAGCCUAAGAUGUUUUAUUUUGUGUCAGUCAGCUCUUUCAGUAAUGCUACAUUUUAAUGGAAUAAAUUUACAACAGUACUAUUAUUAUUGUAAGGAAAGCAAGCGUGUCCCAAAACUCUGAUCUCACUGUGAUUUUGUGAGACAGACAUUUUGAUCCCAGUUAACCUAAUGGUCCUAGCUGGAAUCACAUCAGUGUUUACGACUUCCCUGAUUUCUUUACAUUCCUAUUUGUUUCCUUUUUCCAGUGCAAAAUCAUUUAAUUCUUCUCGUGCUUCAAAGUGAUUGUCGAGAACCUGGUUCUCUGUUCUAAGUCUAUCGCCGGUUCUAGCGAUGAACAGUAUUUCAGCAUCUUCUACUGUAGGUAUGAUUGGUUGUGUAAAACACAUUGUUUUCUGGAACAACAGUCUAGAAGCUUCUAUUUAGUUUGUCUUAUUUUGUAUUUCUUAAAGGAAAAAUAAACUACUACUGACUGA